AUGAGUGCAACGGAGCCUGCAUCGGCAUUUCGAUCUCCCGUAAUUACUUCUUCCACGUCCUCACGUGUAUCUCAUCCAGUUAUUGUGCAUCCGCAACCUAUCAAGCCUUAUUCUCAUGCUGCCAGUUCUGAUCCGUUUGCUUUGUACAGUUAUUACUUAACCCAAAUGGGACAUGGCUUUAAUUUGCAUCAGUUAGCGCAAGUUGCGCGACCAUCCAUCCUUUCCAGUCCACAUUCAUUAUCACCAAGUACUGCUCUAAUCAGUAAUCCUAUUGUAUCAAAUCCGAUCACUAAUCGAUUUACCUGGGAUCAAGAAAGUAGCAAGGCAAUUUGCAAAGAACAAUGCAGUCCUGAUUCACCUCAAAGUGCUGAAACGUCUUGUUCACGGAUAUCGCAUUCAAGUACAUCACCAAAAGAUCGAAUCACAACUACAACGAUGACUGGAUCUGAUCGUAGCUCUGAUAAAUUCUCUUGGCUUAGUCAUUAUAAUGCUGAGCCAACCACAACUUUAGUCAGAUCAAAUCUAAGCAGUCCAUCACUGACAUCAGCUCAAUCAAACAGUUCGGAAACAACGUGGAAUGGACGUCUAGAUGGACAUCGUUCCAAGGAAUUAACAGCAGUAUUGAUGACUGAUUACUUAGAUGAUGAUCCAUUACUUUGCGCUAUUUGCGCUGACAAAUCAUCAGGAUUGCAUUACGGAAUUUACACGUGUGAAGGGUAA